AUCUUGCUCUAUUGAACCGGGUGAAAGAAAACAGAGACAAGAGGAAAGAGAUAAACAGCCAGAACGCUGGAGCUUCGCACGUGCCAGCAACAAAAUGUUGUACGCAGUCGAGGGAGAAAGCAAGUAACUUUCCAAUGAAGAGAUAUUCAUAUCUUUGUCGACGCCUAUUUUCACGUGUCAAAACUGCGAACCGAUUGGUGCAAAAACCCAAAAGUGGCCCGCUGCUACCAUCAUUAGUCGAGAAUGAGCACCGAGCGAGACCCCUUUCGUAUUCUCCCUCCGUAUUGAGUAGUUCAAGAGUUUUUUUGUCUCACAUAAAUGACAGCGGCCAACCUACUACCAUUGAUAAUAGAAGGUGUAGGUUCUUCCGCCCCAUUUAUGCGAAAAGCUUGUCGUCUAAGGCAUCCCCCCUGGAUUCGCCAACCCUCGGAGGCCAUCACAUUUCCAAUGAGGAAAGUCUGCUGCAAAGAAUUACCAGAAAACUCAAGGAGGAUCCUGUCGAAGAUGUUGCCAGUUUCUUUUACGACCACUGCAAGAUUCACGAGGUCAGCAUGGAUGCCCUCAAUCCAAAUUUUGAAUUGACCGCUGUCCUCGAAAGCAUACAAGACGAUCCCCAGACAUCCGAAAAAUUUCUCAAAACAAUCCAAGGUCUAUGCAAUAGAAAUACUGUUGCUGCAACCGAGCGCAAAUCAGGAAUAGGCAACGAGGACGCUAAUCGUCCUCAAACCAACGCCGGCUUGCUACCGGGAAGAGAUCAUUAUAACUUAGUUUUGAAUUCAUGGCGAAUGUUUCAGCCACCGAGCGCAAAGAGACUCCAGAGAUUACAAGAGUAUAUGGAAAGCCGUGCCGGGAUCAACUACGACUCCGAAAGCUGCAAUCUUAUACUCGAAACAUGGGCUGAAAAAGGAAACGCCGAACGAGCGCAAGCCUUCUUCGACAAUGUCAUGGUUCGAAAGAAAAUACCAGUGGACGUGGUUUCCUUCUCCCACGUUUUAAACGCUUGGUCGAAAUCAAAGUCGGCUGUGGCAACCAAGCGAGCAGACACUUUGUUGGAUAGGAUGGAAGCCUUUCCCAACUUGAAACCGAGUGCGGAAUGUUAUCUCCACGUAAUUGAAUGCUGGGCCAAGUCUAGGAGGUUGCGAUCCGAAGUCCGAAUCGAAGCUCUCGUUCGUUCGAUGAAACAACGAUUUUUCGAAAGCAAAAAGUUGGUUAGCUGUGAUGGCACGAGGUCUGUGGAUGGAAAAAUUUUGCAAACCGCUGUAUUGAACCUUCUACAGGCAUAUCAUCAUAUUGAAAAUGCGCACCGUGCAGAAGCACUAUUGUUUGAAUUCGUAGAUGAUUUUCAGACCAAGAGGAAUUUGAACUACCCGCCACCCACCAUUGAAAUGUGUAUUUCUGUCCUAUCAACCUGGUCGAAAUCGGCAUCUUCUAAUAAGGCAAACCGAUCCGAAAAAUUGCUCCGCUUGAUGGAGGAAAAUCCAUCUUUACCGAGGCCAGACACAGCAUCAUACACCGCUGUCCUAAACUGCAUCGCUAGCUCUAAAAAGUUGGGCUCGGCGAAAAGAGCCGAGGCUUUGUUACGCCGAAUGGAUAGGAAGGAAAACAUAGAAUCGAACAUGGUAUCAUUAACCUGUGUUCUAAUAGCUUGGGCUCGAUCCGAGGAUUCAAACGCAGCAUUAAAGGCAGAACAGAUAUUUGAGGAAAUAUUAGAUCGAGGGAUGGAACCGGAUCGUUUUGUUUUUGCAGGAUUGAUCACGGCUUGGGGGCGAAGUAAGCGAGAGGAAUCUAUGGUGAAAGUUGAGGAGUACUUCCAUCUUAUCAAAGGUUUGGAUAACAGCAAGCCUACUGUGGUUGAGUACACAGCUGUAAUCCAAGCAUACGCAAAUUUCGUUUCUAGGAAUAUUGACAAGUCUCGAGAAUCAGUUGAGAGAGCCGAGGAGCUACUGGAUGAAAUGUUGGCUUCAGAAGAUAAAAACUUGCGUCCGAAUAUACUGACCUACGCUGCUGUGCUCAAAACCAUAGCUGCCGCAAGGCGGAUACCUGAUCGUGGAAAACAUGCCGAUGCCGUGUUGCAAAAAAUGUAUGCAGAGCGAGUGGAGGUCGGACCCUUCAUCUUAAAUCUUGUGAGCCGAUCCAGAAAUCAUACACAUUCAUCGAAACAAGCUGCUCAGAAAAUUUCAUCUUCUGACUGACAUUUGAAACAAACCUGGCUACGCGUUUGCAAGUCCCCGGAUGCUCCUCGACGUGAAGUUCUCUAGACGGAAUACGGAUGCAAUUCACGCAAAACUGAAUCGUCCGCCAUCCGCAACAAAUGAUACGUCGCGAAGUGAGACUUGAUGUUGUCCGACGCUGUCAAAAUUUUCACCAUAAUUUGGUAAAUAUACUAGGAGUAAAUGA